AAUGGCCACAGCGUAGAUCCGCGCAGCUCCCAGCACCGUAAUAACACCGUUAUUCUGGCCAACAGCCGCCCGAACAGCGUCUCUAGCCGCUGUCGGAGGCACCCUCACCCCGCUGACUUCACCUUUUAACCGCUAAGUUUGUCCGCGAAGCUCCAAAAAAUGAGCGACGAGGAGGAGUUCUUGCAGAAAGCGCGGACCGGGUUUGAGGAUCUCUGCCGAGCCCUGAACAUGGACGAAGAGGCGAGCACGGAGGCGUGGAAGACCUACGAGAACAUCAGCAGGAACUUCACUCUGGAGGGCAGCGAGCUGCACUGGCUGGCCUGUGCUCUCUACGUGGCCUGCAGGUCUUCGGUUCCGACGGUGGGAAAAGGAACCGCCGACGGGAACUACGUCUCUCUGACCAGAAUCCUUCGCUGCUCAGAAAUGAGCCUGAUCGAGUUCUUCAAUAAGAUGAAGAAGUGGCAGGACAUGGCCAAGCUGCCGCAGGAUUUCCGUCAGAGCACCGACAAGCUGGAGAGGAACUUCACCGUGUCGGCCGUCAUCUUCAAGAAGUACGUUCCCAUCUUCAAGUCCAUCUUCAAGGCGCCGUCGGAGGAACCGCCGCGAGUUCACCGCAGCCGCAAACAGAGACGCCAUCCGUGCACUGUGACCGAAGUCUUCAACUUCUGCUGGGUGUUGUUCGUCCAUGCUAAAGGGAACUUCCCCAUGAUCAGCGACGACCUGGUGAACUCGUAUCACCUCCUCCUGUGCGCCCUCGACCUCGUCUUCACCAACGCUCUGCUCUGCAACGCCAGGAAAGACCUGCUCAACCCGGAGUUUAAAGGUGCAGCUCAGUUUUACACAUACAAACUUACUGAGACUUGUGCCAGAGACCCCAGUGAUGUCAUCACCCGGCGCCUGAAGGACAUGUUCGACUUGUUCUCUCAGCGCUACGAGGACGGCGGCGCAGACAGCAGGCCGAUGGGGAAAGACAUGGCGGUGAAGUAUUUCCACCUGGCGGAGGCGCUCUACUACAGGAUCCUGGAGUCCAUCAUCGAGAGAGAGAAGAUGAUUCUGGGAGACGCUGAUCUGUCGUGUAUUCUGGAGCAGGAUAUCUUCCACCGCUCUCUGCUGGCCUGCUGCCUGGAGAUCGUCAUCUUCUCCUACAGACCUCCAGGAGAUUUCCCCAACGUCAUCGGCAUCUUCCAGCUCCCUGCUUACCACUUCUACAAGAAUUUUUAUGAUGGCUUGAGCGUGUCCCCCUCCCCCACCACCCUCCUGGACCGCUACAGCUCCCCACCCACAGGUCCGGCUCGCCGCCGUCUGUUCGUCGAUCCGCCAGCGGACGGCGAGACCGGCGCCGCCUCCACCGGCUCCACCAGCACCACCAGCACGCCUCCCAUCGCCACCGCCGUGACCAAGACCGGCCAGGCCAGCCUCGUCACGACCAUCCCCGCCGGACAGACGGUGGUCACCGUGGCAACCGCCACCGUCACCGCCAACAACGGGCAGACGGUGACCAUACCCGUGCAGGGAAUAGCCAACGAGAGCGGAGGCAUCACCUUCUUCCCCGUCCAGGUGAGCGUGACCGGGCAGGCCGGCGCCGCCCUGCAGCCACUGUCUGCCCAAACCCUGACCGGCACCAUCGCUGUCCAGUCGGCCGUCGCCAAACCGGCCGUCAAGGCAGCCAGCAGCCCGCUGAGGAAGGGCUCUCUGUCGCUGUUCUUCAGGAAGGUUUACCAUCUGGCCAGCGUUCGGCUCAGAGACCUUUGUGCCAAACUGGACAUCUCGUCGGAGCUGAGGAGGAAGAUCUGGACGUGUUUCGAAUAUUCUCUGGUCCACUGCACCGAGAUGAUGAUGGACCGACACCUGGACCAGCUCCUCAUGUGUGCCGUUUACGUCAUGGCAAAGGUGACCAAAGAAGACAAAUCCUUCCAGAACAUCAUGAAGUGUUACCGCACUCAGCCUCAGGCCAGCAGCAACGUGUACAGGAGUGUGUUGAUCUCAGCGAGGAGGAGGCGUCACUCCGUCUCCAACGACGCCAACAAACCAAACUCGUCUGCUGACGCCGGCCAAGAUCCAGCAGGUGGCGACAUCAGCCCGGUUCCUAUUCGCUCCAGCAGCACCUUGCCGGGCCCCCAGCCUGGCAGCGCCCCCUCAACACCCACCAACGCCUCCAGCAAGACUUCCUCCUCCGCUGCCGCCUCCUGCACUGUGGGUGACGGUGAGGAGGAGCGAGGAGACCUGAUCCACUUCUACAACAACGUCUACAUCAAACAGAUGAGACACUUUGCUCUGAGAUACUCUCUGAGUUCGCCGUCUGCAGGGGUGGAGUCCCCCCCUCUGUGUCCAUAUCCCACCCUGAGGACCGGAUCUCCCCGUCGGAUGCUUCUGUCCAGCAAACACUCCAUUUACAUCUCGCCUCACAAGACAGGCUCCGCCCUCACGCCAACAACUCCCCGGGACAAGAUUUACUACUACAUCUGCAGCAGCCCCCCCAACCGUCUGCAGGAGAUCAACAGUAUGAUCCGGACCGGAGAAACUCCCACCAGGAAGCGCAGCAUGGCGAUGGAGGAGGAGACGUCGCCCAAACGGGUCUGUCCCGACAACCACUCGGCUCUGCUGCGCCGCCUGCAGGACGUGGCCAACGACCGAAGCUCCUCCCACUGACAGCACACACUUCAUCACCGCGGUAACAAGCAGCGGCCAUCAUACGAGCAGCUUCUACAGCUUUUGAUCUCCACGCUGAGGUCUGUCAGCUAUUAUUUUGUGUGCUGGUUAAGAGCUUCAGUGACUAAAGUGGACUUCAUAGCUUCCAUUAAAACAACCAAAGUACAGUCGUGACUCGAUAAUCCGACUUUUAACAACCUGAAAACCUUGCUAUCC